AUGCAGCAAGAAGCGGAUUUCAAGAGAAAAUAUUAAACCAAAAUAGAUUUUUUAUAGAAGGAAAACAAUUAACUGAGAGACGAAAAUUUGAACUUAUAGAAGCUUAUCAAAUUAUAGCAUGAAAAAUAAGAAAUUUUAGAAGAAAUCAAAUAGAUUCAGUGCUAAUAUUCAUAGUCUUACUUACAAUAUGAAAGGGCUGGAUCAUUAUAAAGCAAAUCAAAAUCAAUUUAAGCAAAAUGUAAUUGCCAAGAACUUCAAAGAACAAAUAGCAUGCUUUAAUAGUUAUUUAAUAAAACUAUGAUCGAAAAUAAAAGAAUGGUAGCUCUUAUAAGUGUUAUUCAAAAUGAAAGAGAUACUGCUCUAUCAAAGGCUCUCAUCCACGAAUAAAUUAUCGAAGGGUUGCAGUUAGAGGAAAUAGAUUUGAUAGAGUCAUUAAACGGAUAAAUAAUUGCUCAGAAAAGCUGUAUACAACAGUAGUGCAAUGAAAUAGACACACUAAACAAAAAAUUACAAGAAUUUAAUGUUGAAAAAAAAGGUCAAAAUAUUAUAGAAUUAGAAAAAUUCUCAACUUUACAAUAAAAAGGUGAAGAUAAAAAAACUUCAUAAAAAGUAAUAGAACUAAAUAGUUUGUUAGAAUAGAGCUUAGAGUAACUAAACAGUAAAAACGCAAAAAUCAAAUUUCUUGAAGAACAAAAAAAUGAGUUAAUUAUGAUUAAUUCUCUGCUAACGUCUGAGCUGCAACAACUUAAAUUCAAUAAAAAAGAAAACCUAAGUCUCUCUAAAAUAAUACAUAAUUAGUACAAAAUAUUUGGUGAUGAGGACAUGUUGAGUAGCAAUUAUUCAAAUUUAAGCUAUAAUGAGGAGGUGCUUCCAGAUAAAGUGAAUUUCAAAAAAGAUAAGGAAGAUGGGGUAUCUUAAAAUCAAAGAUAAUAUUCUAACUCGCCGAUGUACAAAACGUUGAAGAAAAAUCAAAGUAAUUAAUAAGGGGGAAACUUAAAUAUCGCGAAUAGCAAUAACAACAAUAUCAGUAACUUAUAUUUGAUAACAGAAGGACAAUAGGGAUAAAUAAAUUCUCAAAAUAACAUGAGUUAUAUUAAACCUAAUGAAUAAAAUCAAAGCACUAACCCAAACUUAGCCAUUAAUAAACUGAACACUCUUAAUAAUAGCUUCUAAAAUGCUUCUGUAAUUUCUAAUUUGAAUGUACCCAAGUUAGAUCUAACCAAAGCUUUCAAGGUGCAGUAAAUAAGUGUAAAUAACUAAAUGAAACAAGAAUAAAUUAAGCAAUAAAUAUAUAGCUAAUACAAAUCUCUUAUUGAAAAGAGAAAGCUUUUGUAGAAGCGCAGACAAGAAAAACUUAUUACAGAAGAAUAGUAUCUAUUAAAUAAUUUAUAAUUUAUUUAACAAGAUGAAGAGUUAGUAUAGGAGUUAAAACCUAUCCUUGAAGAGAGUUCUCUGCUCCAAGAGGAGAUUAAGAAAAGCAGAAAGAGUUUGGAGACUAGUUAUUUUAACUUAAGAUAAUAGGAAAAUUUGAUUGACACUUUGAAAAGAGAUCUAGCUGAUGCAGUUGAUAAAAAUACGAUUCUAAUUUAAUCUAACAUUUAAUAUGAAAAUAAGUGGAAAAAAUUUUAAAUUUAUUUUAGUGCUUACAAGGAUUUCUAUUUAAGUCAACAAUCUACUUCUUUGAUGAAUACUUGCUCAACAAGGAAUCAUAAUUUAACUUCAAAUUAGAAUGGAAAUAAUAACAAUAAUAAUAACUAAAUAAACAUAAGUAACAACAUACCACAAUACUCUAAUACCUAAUAGCCAUAUAGUCCUUACAUUUUAAGUAAUUCUGAGAAAUAAAAUAACUUCAAUCAAAGCCACUUAAAUCAUCAGUACACUUCCUAAGUAAACAAUGUAACCUUGAAUAAUAACAAUUAUUCUCAUUAAAUAAGCAUAAACUAAAUAAAUCACACAAGCAGCAUAAAUCCUUUCAUUCCUUCUGCUCAUGGAGCUAUUGAUUUAGAGUAGAUCCCAUAAAAUUAAAACUAUGUAAAUUGCGCUUAAAACUAACCUUACUUUUAGUAUUAUGAGCAGCUUGGAUAAAAGGUAUUUGAUGAGCAGGAUGUUCAAAAUUCUGUUUUUGUCCCUUUGUCUCUUAGAAAAAAUAAUGAAAAACAUUAUCUCAAUAUACAUACAUAAAGAAUUAACAAAAGAUGCAAUUAAUACUAAUUUAUCUCCAAUUCAAAUAAUCAAAAUGAAGAGCAAAAGAUAAACAUUAUGCAGAGCACUGUUGCUGCAGCUCCAUUCUCAUCUAAUAAUUUUUAAAAUGUUUUUAGCAAUCCGCAAUCUUAACAGCUAAUUGCUUUAAAUGUAUUUAAUGAGGAAUAAUUUGGCUAAAAGUAUAAUAAAUUUAAUCAACCUUAAGUUAAAAACAUCUAAGAAGCCAAGAGCAAAAUCAUCUCUCUUGCUUAAGAACUUUAUUUCUGUCUUGGUCUAAAUAAAAUAAUUCCAAAUUAAAUGGAAUCUCCUAUUUAAAAUUUCUAAAAACUUUACAAAACUUUAGAUAAAAGCAAUCAAAAUCCUGCUCUAAAUGAUAAAUAAAAAAAGCCUUCAGUUGCAUAAAAAAAAAAGAGAAGUAACAACUUCAAGUCAAGAAGCUUUUCCCCAUAAUGGAGAAAUCAUAACAAUCGUUUGGUGCCAUUGCCAUUUAGAUGUUUUCUUAAAUACAAAAAUAUACAGCCCCUUAGAGCUUUGCAUGUCAAAACCAUGUCAAUGCAUAACGAAGAUAAAUUAAAUUUUAAGUUUUCAAGUACUAAAAUUAACUCAGAUUUUCAAAUUAUUUGA